AUGACGUCCCUCAAGCGGUCGUACGCAUCCACAUCACCCAGCACCACCCUCUCCAGCAAGACCUACCUCCGGACACUCAAGUCUGGCAAAGUCCAGAAGAUCGUGCGAGAGGUCUACCUACGACAGGACAUCCCGUGCUCUUCGCAGCUAUGCACAGCAUGUCUGGAUCUAGCGCCCGUAGGCUUUCACAAGAAGGCAGAUCCACCGGUACUGUCUGCUACUCCAGCCGCCACCGAACAGCUACCGCAGGGACACUACAUCGUCCCGGAUACGAAUGCAUUCCUUUCAGCCAUGGAUCUGUUCGAAAGCGAGGGCGUACUGCAAGACGCGAUUGUGCUGCAGACGGUUCUCGAAGAAGUCAAGAAUCGGUCUCUGCCGCUCUACCACCGCCUCAUCGCUUUGACGAAGAAUGAGGGCAAGAGGUUCUACGUCUUCUUCAACGACUUUCGCUUGGAGACGUAUGUGAGGCGAGAUGCCGGAGAGACCAUCAACGACCGCAAUGACAGAGCCGUUCGCAAAGCCUGUGGGUGGUAUGCACAGCACUUGGAGAAAGCUGUCAGAGCUAGGAAGAGUGCUCGGUGUCCCGUUGUGAUCAUGCUUUCUGAUGACCGAGAGAACGUGAGAAAGGGCAAGGAAGAUGGGCUGCCUGCCAUGAAUCUCCGUGACUACGUGGCUGGGCUGCCUGAUGCAAAUCGUCUUAUGGACAUGGUGGCUACCAGCCGCGAGGGGCGUGCCGCCCGCGAUGCCAAAGCGCAGAUGAUCUACCCCGAAUACGUGUCCAUGUCUGCCAUGCUUACCGGAGUGAAAGCUGGUACCCUACAUCAAGGUGUUUUCAAUGUCUCACCCUACAACUAUCUGGAGGGCAGUGUCCAGGUUCCCGCUUUCGACCGCUCACUUAUUGUUCAAGGAAGAGACAACAGCAACCGAGCUGUGUCUGGAGAUCUUGUGGUGAUCGAGGUCCUGCCGAAAGAUCAAUGGAAAGCUCCUUCAAGCAAGGCCAUCGAUGAGGAGGAUGUCAACAAGAAUGAGACCGCUGAGAACGAAGAAGACGAGCGCGAGGCCAUCGUCACAGAGCAGGAGCGCCGUGCGUUGCAGGAAGAGGUGCGGAAGACCCAUGGCAAGGGUGCCGAAGGUCGAGCUCAGCCGACGGCGAAAGUAGUGGGAAUCAUCAAGCGCAACUGGCGACAAUACGUUGGGCACAUCGACCGCGAUUCCGUUCGAUCCCGAAACAAGGAGAGCCGAGCGCAGCAGACCGUCUUCCUCAUUCCAAUGGACAAGCGCGUGCCGAAGAUUCGAGUCCGGACUCGUCAAGCUGCUGAACUUGUGGGGAAGCGUGUGCUUGUGUCCAUCGACAGCUGGGAUCGCGACUCUCGGUAUCCUGUCGGCCACUUCAUCCGUAGCUUGGGUGAACUGGAAACGAAAGGUGCCGAGACUGAAGCGUUGCUGUUGGAGUGGGACGUGCAGUAUAGACCCUUCCCAAGGACGGUUCUGGACUGCUUACCGGCGGAAGGCCAUGAGUGGAAAGUGCCUGCUUCUACUGAUGAUCCAGGCUGGAAAGGGAGAAGAGACUUGAGGGAUUUGCUUGUGUGUUCUAUCGAUCCACCAGGUUGCGUGGAUAUUGAUGAUGCUCUGCAUGCGAAACAACUACCGAACGGCAACUUCGAGGUCGGCGUACAUAUCGCAGACGUGUCGCACUUUGUCAAGCCGAACAACGCCAUGGACAAGGAAGCUUCACUGCGAGGCACUACGGUCUACCUGGUGGACAAGCGCAUCGACAUGCUGCCGAUGCUGCUUGGCACUGAUCUGUGCUCGCUUAAACCCUACGUCGAGCGCUACGCCUUCAGCGCGAUUUGGGAGCUAGACCAGAACGCCGACAUUGUCAGGAAGGACUUCACGAAGAGUGUGAUACGCAGUAGAGAGGCUUUCAGCUACGAACAAGCUCAGCUGCGCAUUGACGACAAGAGCCAAAAGGACGAGCUGACUGUCGGCAUGCGAUGCCUCAUGAUGCUCUCGAAGAAGCUACGCGCUAAGCGUAUGGCAGCCGGAGCCCUCAAUCUCGCCAGUCCAGAAGUCCGCGUGGAGACUGAGAGUGAGACGUCUGACCCAAUCGACGUGAAGACGAAGAUGGCGCUAGACACGAACCAGCUUGUUGAAGAGUUCAUGCUGCUCGCCAAUAUCAGCGUAGCCGGUAAAAUCUACGAGGCCUUUCCACAAACAGCGCUGCUACGUCGCCAUCCAGCACCGCCAAAGAACAACUUCGAGGAGCUGAGCAACCAGCUCAAAGUGAAGAAGGGCAUGGAACUACGCACGGACUCAUCAAAGGCAUUGGCGGACAGCCUCGACACCUGCGUCGACCCAUCGGAGCCAUUCUUCAACACGCUCGUCCGCAUUGUCGCCACAAGAUGCAUGAUGAGCGCUGAGUAUUUCACUUCGGGCACCCAAUCAGUUCCCGAGUUCCGCCACUACGGCCUCGCAUCCGAGAUUUACACACACUUCACCUCGCCCAUCCGCCGCUACGCAGACCUGGAAGCUCAUCGCCAGCUCGCCGCGGCCAUUGAGUACGAAACUCUAGACGCCAGUUUGCAGAGCAAAGCCAAGCUCGAGGGCGUGUGCAAGAACAUCAACGUACGGCAUCGUAACGCACAAAUGGCUGGGCGGACUUCCGUGGAGUACUACGUCGGUCAAGCACUCAAAGGGCGGAUACUGGAAGAAGAUGGCUUCGUGAUGCGGAUCUUCUCGAACGGCUUUGUGGUUUUUGUGCCGCGCUUCGGCAUUGAAGGACUGAUUCGGCUGAGAGACAUGGAUGGUGGAGAAGGAGAGAGAGAGCCGGAGAGUGUGUUUGAUGCUGAGAACUAUGCUCUGCAGAUUGAGUGGGAGCAGGGGCAGAGGAAGGUGGAAUUGUUCCAGAAGGUGAAGGUGAGGAUUUCGGAUGAGGCGGAGGAGAGUACAGGGAAGAGGAAGAUUAGGCUGCAGUUGGUGUGA